AUGGUGCUCCGUUCCAACAACAGUGUCUGCAUGGCCAACUCGACCGACGAAGACAUCUAUGUCAUGGUGUCUCUCAAUGCCGACUGGGCCAUUACUGAUUUUAUCACCGACAUUGGUCUCUUCUUGAUCGCCGUUGGAGAAAUCAGACAACUCGUGGUCGACGUAGAGCUUCCGAAGAUGAUCGUGACCCUCCGUGAUCUCCAUCGAUUCCUUAAAAUCUCUUACACGGCUCUAGCUGAGACCGCCGCUGCUGGCUCCCGCAAGGCUGCAGAUGCCGCUUCGGCUCUCCAUUAUGCGAUCAAAAAGAACUCUAUCGUUAUUCCUGCUGGCCAGUACAAGCAGAUUAACGAGAAGAAUUGGUUGGAGUCGUUUUUCAAUGCAUCUGCUGUUGGAAGUUUGUUGGUCGCGAAAACGGUGUCGCUGAUGGUCAUGACUGGUGAUGGGCAGAGGUUUGCGAUGUACGAUACCAACUCGGAUUACUCCUGGAUCGCUACUAAGGAGGGGAAGUGUGUCCGGUCCAAGUAUGGGUCAGUCUGGCAGCAGGAUACUCAAGCUGGAGUGGUGGAUUGGCCUGUAGGCGGCUACUAG